GGCCCUUGUUUGACAAUGUCAAAAGUCAUAAUAUCUUAAAAUAUUAAAUGAAUUUUUGAAAGUCCAUUAAAUCCUCUUUGUCCGAAAAUGCACGCAAGAAAUAACGGUUAUUCGUAUUCAGGUUGCGAUGACUACGUCGAAGAGGAUGAAUUCGACAACAAUGACAAAUAUAUUGCUUUAAAUUACAAUGAUUUUCUUGAUCACGCAAAUAAAUCCUACCUCUCACCGCCUCUAGACGAAUCCGAAUAUGAAAACUAUGACUUGGAUGAACGAGAUUGCAGAGGGCAAGGCAACUAUGAACAACAAUACUUCACCCCCCAUUCUAGCGGGAAAUCAGUAGCUGGAGGUCAACACUCGUGUUUGAAAUUGAAAAAUGAUUAUUGCUAUCUGGAUCGAAAUGCAUAUGAUACAAGAGUUAUGAGGAAUUUGACACCCACGGAUUACGAACUUCCUUGUGGAAGUUAUUCUCCGAGAUUCAUUCAGGCGGCUCUUGAUAGAACCAAGUCGUCGACUUCUUGGAGCGAUGGUUUGUCCAAAAAAUCACCAUAAAUAUUACCAGGGCAAACAACGUUCUUCUCUGGUAACAUCUUUGAAAACACUCGGAACUGUUUCGAACUUUUUCCUCUUCCUCAGACGAUGAGUUUCAUGAUUUUACGGGAUGUGACGAUCAUGAAACAAAAGAUAUUAAUGAAUCAUUUGA